UAUAUUCUGAUUAGUGAUUGGAAGAUAUAACUUGAAAAUAUAACGCAUUUUCAUAUGAAUCAGUAACCAAGUUGAAAAUGUCAGGAUUUAUGAGUCAAAUGAGUAGAUGUUCUACUGGAGGUAGAAGAUCAGAAGACACAAUGGAUGAUGACACAGAUGAUAAAGAUGAUACAAAACGGAAAUCCCGCAAUUUAAGUGAGAAAAAGAGGCGAGACCAAUUCAAUUUGCUUAUAAACGAACUCUCUUCCAUGGUUUCUACAAACAGCAGGAAAAUGGACAAAUCUACAGUUUUAAAAUCAACAAUAUCGUUCCUAAAAAAUCACAAUGAUCUAGCUGUUAGAUCAAGAGUGCAUGAAAUCCAAGAGGAAUGGAAGCCAGCUUUUCUUUCAAAUGAAGAAUUUACUCACUUAAUUUUGGAGGCACUAGACGGUUUUAUCAUGGUGUUCUCUUCUUCUGGAAGGAUUCUUUAUGCUUCUGAAAGUAUCACAGCUCUUCUAGGACAUCUUCCUAAUGAUCUGUUAAACAUGACAAUCUAUGAUGUUGUGUAUGAUGAGGACCAGUCACAGUUGUACAACAUGUUUCUAAAUCCUGUUACCAAUGUUCUCUAUGAGAAUAAUAAAGAUAAUCAAGUAGCGUUUGUGUGCCAUUGCAAGCGAGGUAGUCUAGACUUUUCAGAAGAAGUUACUUAUGAGUUGGUCCGAUUUGUCGGUUACUUUAGAGCAGACAUGGAAUCUUUGCAGAUAGAUGGAGGAGGGAAUAACCGUUACAGUGGAUACUCUGGUGAAGCUGACACAAGAUUGGUGUUUGUUGGAACUGGCCGUCUUCAGACCCCCCAGUUGAUCAGAGAAAUGUCCAUUGUAGAUUCAUCUAAAAGUGAAUUUACAUCAAGGCAUAGUCUAGAGUGGAAAUUCCUAUUCUUAGACCACAGAGCUUCCCAAAUAAUUGGUUACCUUCCUUUUGAAGUGCUUGGGACUUCAGGAUACGACUACUAUCACGUGGACGAUCUUGACAAAGUCAUCAUGUGCCAUGAAGCUUUAAUGCAGAAAGGAGAGGGCACGUCUUGUUAUUACCGGUUUCUGACCAAAGGCCAACAGUGGAUUUGGCUACAGACCCGGUUCUACAUCACUUAUCAUCAGUGGAACUCCAAACCCGAGUUUGUCGUCUGCACCCACAGAGUGAUCAGCCACAUAAAUGUAGUGAAGCAGUUACGGAAGGAUCCAGACUCAUCUGCAGAACAAAGUCAAGAAGCUCCAUUCAGCAGAGAACCUCCGCGAGAGUCUUCACCCUGGGCAUCCAAUAGCAGAUCACCUGGUAACAAAAACUCACAGCAGUAUGACAUGAAGAGGUUCCCCACCCCUAGCAGAGGUGGGGGAGAGUCUGAUACUUCUUUGUCAGCUGACUCCGUGGCUUCCAGACACUCUCAGAUCACUUCUCCAAGUGUGAGAUCACGAUGUGUGAGCACCACUGGCUCCAAGAUGGCUGCUCCGACCACAAAGAGUACACCAGUGCCCGAGUUUAUAGAGCCACCAGCCACAUAUGCAGUGACAGCCAUUCCACUUCAACCUGUCGCCUUCGCUGCCCCCACCACCUUAGUCACCACAGUGCCCACGUCUGAGGUACCUCUGAGACAACCCUUGGUAAUGAGCUCCUCUCAGUCUCAGAUUCAGGAUCAGCUGCAGAAGAAGCAUGAGCAGCUUCAGCAGCUGAUAGUGCAGCAGCAGGAAGAGUUGAGGAGGGUCUCAGAACAGCUGUUCAUGGCCAGAUAUGGUCUGCUGCAGCCUCUCAUCAAUGUGACCAUGCCAUACACAGUUCCUGCCACGGCACCACACCUCACUGUUGCUGCCACUACUCCGGCAGAGAUAUUUGUACCUGGACAUCCUGUGCAGCGGCCACACAUCAUGAUUGAUCCUCAUCAGGUAAACUAUCAGCAAGCGCAGUCAUCUGAUGAAGCAAUGCAGCACUUUCAGUUUCCUGUGCAGCAAGCGCAGCAACUAUUGUUCUCUCAGAAUCUGGACUCUCCCAACUCAACCCAACACAGUCAAUAAACUAGCGGUGCAAGGGCAAACUUAAGUUAUCUAAACAUUCAGACAUUUUGAAAAGUGUAGUAGCCAGCGGAGAACAUAGUAUGGGCCAAUAUGACAACUUUUCACUCUACAUAUAGUUUUCAUCAUAAUAUUACUGAAUUACUGUAAUUAGAUUGUAAUAUCUCCACCAUAGACUAAUUUCAAUCUGUCUUAGUAGGAUUUGUCAUGUGAUUUGUGGGUUUUAAGUUCAGUUGUAAAAUAUUUUUACAUAAGGGCCAAAAUGAAAUAACAUAGACGUUAUUUUUGAAACUAUUACAAUACAAGUGCUAGAAAUAUGAAUGCAUUUCCAACAAAACAGGGUAUUAGACAAUAAUUACUUGAUGGUAUAUUUAUUUUCUAAAUAGACUACUGAAGAAAGCGUUGCUGUAAUAUUUUUAUGAACUACAUUUUUAUGUGCGUAUUCCAACAGCUAAACAGAGAAACUAUUUUUCUAAACAUAUACUGUAGAAAAUAAAUCUAAUAUAUCUAAGAGAAGAAAGUAUAUCUUAUUUGAGCUAUUCUUUCUUAUAUCUUAAAAGAUGAAAGUAUAUCUUAUUUGAGCUGUUUAAUAUACUUAUUAUAUAGGUAAAAAAAUAUAUAAAUGUGAAACUUUUAGGCUGGUUGAAACAUUUUAAAUAUCGAGCUACCAGCCACUUUUUACUCUGAGGUUGGAGUUUAAAAAAUUAUCAUCUAACUUGUGGUAAAAAAAAACCUAAUGGGAGAACCUUUUAAUGUAUUAAGUUAUGUACAUUUUAUCUCUCUCUUUGGGAUUUUUAAUACAGACAAUUCAUUAGAGUUGAUUAAUUUGUACAUCUGUAUUUGUGGCUUAUUUUUAAAAAAAUUUGAAAAGAUUUAGUGAGAGCAAAAAGAAAACACAUUGAACUAAGAAGAUUAGUUUAUUGCCUGUUACUUAAUUAUAAUCUUUAUCAUUCAACUAUAGGCCUACUAACUGUGGUAUGAAUGAAUACAAAAUAGAUUUUUUCCCUGAAAAGAAUUAAUGUUUCUCAAGUACACCAUUUCUCAAUGUUGUAAAAUAUGUAAUAAUGUAGAUGUACGUAAUUUCAUAUACGUAACACAUAAUUUGACCUCACAAUGAUUCUUUAUUUGUUAUUUUGUAUAUUUUAGAUCAUCAUUUGAUUGAAUGUGGCUGUCUAAGUUCAUGCCUGCUUUUGGUGUAAAUAUGUAUGUGUGUUGUUAGUUAAUUAUAAUCUUUAGAUUAAUUUGUAGGUAUUGUUGUACACCAACAAUUAUAGGUGUUUAGUUGUUUGUGAAAGAGUGUUUUACAGUCAAACCUUGAUAUAAUGAAUUCCUUGAUGUAAAAGACCUCAAUAUAACAAAUUGUCAUUGUAACCAAUUUGUAAAAUCCCUGUGAACUGCCUAUAAGAAUAUACAAUCUUUACUACAAACAAACAAAUGUUUCAAAACUCUAACCAGUUAAGUUUAUCUCUAUAUAUUUUUUAAAUAUAAACCUUCCAUUUUGGAAAUCAUCCUUUCUGAAGCAAACAUUCCAGUAUUUUAUUUUGUAUUUGUAUGUUAUAGCAAUUUACAAAAAUCAACUUUGUGUCUUGAACCGUAUCAGAUUACCUUUGUUGUUGUAGCCUCUAGUUCUUCAGUAGGUAAUAUUUAUGUAUCACAUAAAAAAUAAUAAUGUGAACCUCUUUUAGUAAAGUAUUGUCUAACCCUUUUAAAUACAACGAAUGUCAAUGUAAAAAAUCCUUGAUAUAAAGAACUAUGUUGUCAAGUCCAUUCAAAAAUUUCAAGGUUUGACUGUGUUCAAUGUUAUAGUUAAGUUAUUCGCUUGAUCUAUCAAUCCUUCACAAAUUUCCCUGCAGAGUAACUGUUGAUCUCUUUAACUUAGGAAAUCAUCAAUUUGAGGUUAUGUUUGACAAUCCACUAAUACAGUUUUUAAUGUAACUUUUUGUCCUGUUUAAUUUUUAUUAAUUGAUUUUAAAUGUGUUGGUGUAAUCUUUUUUGUAUCACAUAAAAUCAAAUAAAUACAAACUCUUAAUUGACCAUUCUGUUCCUGAAAAGUAUGAUAAAUAAAUGUGUGUUUAAAAUGUUAUUGUGUACAUGUUGGUGUGAUAUUGAAUUGGUGGUCAUUAAUUCAAUUGAUUUAUUUAAAGUGAUUGUAUUCUACAGCAGAAAUGUGGUAAUACAGAUUUCCACAUUAAUUCAAAUAUCAGUAAGUAAAGAACAUAAAAUAUAUGUUCGCUGUUUAUAAUUAUUUAAUAUAUCGUUAACUAUAUUUAAAAAAUGGUAUUUAUUUGUAAAACAAUUUUGUUAACGAAUUAAAUACUUUUUGCCGAUUGAAUAUACUUAGGGCCGCUUUCCCCAAAUCAAGUUUAACUUAAUCUCGGUUAACUUUAAUCUGUGGGUUAAACUUAGGAUGGCUUUCCCCACUAUUUUGUCAUGAAAGUUUAGUUUAACCUAGCUUUUCUUUGCAAGCAACAAUGUUGGCAACACUGUUAUGCAAUUUUAUCUGCAAUAUUAGCUGUUUAACUUCCCACUAUGACAUAUCUGUCAUUAAUUUUCUCGUGUUUUGGUUAUUUGUAUUAGGUUUCGUGUCAUUGUCUCCAAUUGUUGACAUUAAAAAGAAACAUUUUUAUUUGCAGGCUAAUAAAUUGUACUGAUGCUAAUUUAUAAGCAUUUCAUUUAUUGUGUUUAUUUAAGCUCAAACUUAAUUAAACAGUAGGCCUACUGUACGCAUCAAAUAAAAGCAUUUACAAUCAUGGGAAAAUAAAAUGUUGGGAAAGACGCAAAAUUAAUGUUUGUGGAUUAAAAACUAGAGCCUAUCCUUUGUAAUAGCAGGCCUAGGCUACUCAGCAUUAAGACACGUUCGAUGUUUCUAAACUAAAUUUAAUUUUAGGCGUACUGCAGUAGUUGUUAAUUUACACAUGAUAAUAAUAGACUAGUGGUUAGGCCCGAAUGUUUAAUAUUUACUUUUGUGUAAUAUAAGACUCGUGUUAAAAUAAAAUCAAACCAAAAGGCUUCUUAUGAGCAAACUUUCCAACCACUGUUGCGUUGCUGUGGACAAGGUAACCUAUCGAUUGUACACAACUACGAUACUACCUACCGAAAAUAUAAUAAUUUAGGCCUACUCUACGCAUUUAAAAACCUUAAAACCAUUACUGUAUAUCUGUAGCCUUAUAUCUUUAAAUUUGAAAUAGUCAUCAAUUAAUUGUCUACAUAGGUUCUGGUUUGUUAUUUUUAAUUUAUUUCCAGUUCAAUUUAUUUUAGGUUAUGUUUAACGAAUGUCAAACAAGGAUAUUUGCCAUUGCCGUCUGCCGAACGUAACAAGUCAGCCAAGAGCCAAUCAAAAUCAAGCUAUUAUUCUUCUCUCCUGGGUUAACCCACGGAUCGCCAGUUAAACCAGCCUCACCCCUAGGGUUAACUUAAACCUAGUUUAAACGGAGAAAUUAUUUUGGGGAAAGCGAAUCUGAGGUUAAACUAGAGUUUAAACCGCGAUCAGAGUUAAACUUGAUUUGGGGAAAGCGGCCCUUAGAGGAUAGUUUGUAAUCUUUACAAAAUAUGUGUGCACUCUACUUUUAUCUUAUGCUUUCAAAAUGUAUAUUUUCAUUACACCUAUUAAAAUAUUUUUUCGAUAAAACUAAUCUAGGUAACACACAAGGUUGUAAAGACGUUUUUAGUCAUCUGCUAGUUACCAGUUGUGUGAUUUAUAAGUUAGUUCCAAUAUGCAAAUCUUACCCCAUCCUAAUAGAUUAUUAUUAAUAUGUUCUGUAAGGGUGUGUGUUUUUGCCUUUUAGUGAUUUUAAAGUGAAAUAAAACGAAAAAAUAAAGUUAAAAUCUUCUGUCGUGACCUUUUGGCAAAUUUCCCAUUUAGGGAAUAAGCUAUUUUUAUUUUAUAUGCCGCUUUUGUGCCAUUAGUGUUUAACAGUCAUUCUAAAUUCUAGGUACAUAAUUACAAUUAAAAACCUCCCUAUAUUAUAUUUGUUCUUUAAAAAAUUCCAGUAGGCCUAUUGCAAAUUUAAAUUUUGUUUGUUUUCUAACAUUUUAGUAAAUUUCUACUCUUAUUCUUUCUAGAUUUGUUCUUUUAAUCUUGAUCAUGCAUUUCUAUACAUAUAUUUCUGUGAUAUGGACAUUUUGUGAUGCCUUGCGAUCAUUCCAUAAGUCAAUUGUAAUUACUAUGUAGAAUAUGAAUAUGAACAUGCCAUUGUAAGUUACCUGAAUUUAUAAUGUAAACCAAUGGAAUGAUGUAUGUAAUAACAAGAAACCAUCUUUACCCUUUGCUCCACACAGGUUUUUCAUUUGUGCAAAACUUUUAUUCUUUAUUCUGGAUAGUGUAUCUUAAAAAUAUAAUUGUAUUUACCAAUUUUAUUGUAAUCGUAUAAUUUAAGAAACUGUGCUCCAUUACUUUUAUGUUGAUGUAAACGUUAGGUAUUAUUAGUAAAUGUGUAAAUUGUUGUUAUAAUUUAUAGUUUGGUUAGUUCAUUGAUUAUUUUUAAAUGUUUAAGAAAUAUAUGUU